AUGCUGGGGCUGGCGUGUUUCGCGCUGCUGGCGGCGCCGGCGACUGCGGCGUCUGUGGGUCGCAUUCUCCAUUUCUCGGAUGUGCACCUGAACGUUUCUCAGUCGUUCUCAGCAGAAGACAACGCUCGCAUCCCCAUACGCUAUUUUCAAGACGCGCCUUUGCCUCUGCUCGAGUCUGCACUAGUGUACGCUAAGGAGCACGUGGUGGCCGAUCCCGAGCUCUUUUUGUACACAGGAGACCACGCAGCCCACGGUCUCUUUACUGACGAAUACAUUGCAAAAGCUGUUGAGACGAAUGUGCACGCGAUGGAGAAUUAUUACCCACCAAAGGGCCGGGAAGGGAGGCUGGAAGCCACAGCCAUCAUCGGCAACGCAGACGGAAACCCUGACUAUCACAUGGAGGUGACAGACCCGGAGACAGAGUCGAACCCGUCUAUUGAGCUCAUCUCGGAGGUCUGGGAAGACUCGUUGACUGCAGCGAACAUGGAUCUGCUGAAUCGGCGUGGUUACUUAAGCUAUGCUUUGGACGAUAAACUACACGUGAUUACACUCAACACAGUGCCCUACUCGCCAAGCCAUUUGCCGGACACAUCGAAGCAUCCGGAUCCAUUCGGACAGCUCGCGUGGUUGGACAAGACUCUAGCUGAGCUCCAGAACGCCGACAAGUUUGCGUACAUUGCUGGUCAUAUUGCACCGAUUGUGGACUCGUACGGAGGCAACCCUCAGUGGCACCCCAAGUACAUUGUCAAGUAUAAGAACAUCGUCGGCAAGUAUGCCGAUGUGAUCAAGGCGCAGUUCUUUGGUCACGUGCAUAGCGUCGAGUUCCGUGUCCCCGUGACAUCGCUUGAUGGACCAGCAGGAGACGACGACACCUUCCAGUUGCUGCCGAUGUACACCACGGGCUCGAUCUCGCCGCUGUUCGGCAACAACCCGUCUUUCAUGGUCUGGGACUACGAUACCGAGACGUAUGAGGUGCUAGACUACGCUGUGUACGCUUCAGACAUUACCGAUAGCGAGCCUCAACUCGACUGGAAGCUUUUGUUUAAAGCGAGCGAGGCAUACGGCCUGAAGUCGCUGUCUCUGACCGAGCUCUCGUCGUUUAUGCACCGUGUUGGGCAGAAUACGAGCUUGGUGGAGAUGUAUUACUGGAACAUGAAGGCGCGUUCGCCCAACGCUCGACCUUGCAAGGACACACUGUGCCAUGCGAAGACGCUGUUAUCUGGCGUGUGUUGA